UCCACUGCACGAUGAAAUAUUCUCAACGUUUGAAAACUAAAUGAAGCUAGAUUCAGAUUAUUUAGACUGGCAGGUGUUUUGCAUUCAUGGCUCAUGGCGGCUCACCAGUCGUUGUGAGUGGAGGAACUAUUUUAAACCGUUUUCUAGCGUUCUUAGAGCGACUUUCCCUUGAAAUUGAACAAGACCAGCUCGACGGUUUGAAGUUCUUACUUCAGCGAAAAAUUCCACUGGGAAUUUUGGAGAAGUGCCUCACUGCAAGGCAACUGUUUACUCGGAUGAUGCACCAUUCUCUCUUAGGAGAAGAUAACUUGGAGAUCCUGGAGCAACUUUUCAAGGAAAUUCGAAGAUCUGAUCUUGCAGAACGUGUCAGAGUUUUUAAGCAGUCUUCUGUGGACAUGGAGACGGAGUUACCAGCAAUGGAGAUAGCUUGCUUUGGCAUUGGUUUACAAAGAACAGACCACAAUGUGAAAGAUGCAAAGGACAAACUGGUGAUUAGCAUGAAUGCUUCUUUAGGUAUCAAUCCUUCAGAAAUACGCCUUAUAGGAAAUGAAGAAUUGAGCGACAGUUGGUUUAACUUAACCUUUGAAAUACCGAACAAAAAGGAGGUGUUGGACAAACUUCGCUGGGCUGCCAUUUAUAAGGAAUCUUGGCUUGGCCUUUGUGGAGUCAAAUCAGUGACAAUUGGCGAUGAGUCUCAAAUCUUAAUGCAGCCAAUUACACGCUCACUAUCACUGACCAUCCAGGCUGGUACAGUGUGCUGUCAUAAUGACAAAAACCUGGACCUGAUCCUGGUGGCAGAUUGUGCCAUAUCAAACCCUGUCUUGUUAGGGCACUUAAAGACUCAGCUGUGCCAUCUUGUCAGUGACAUCUUCAGAAAAGGUUUUCAUCUCCGACUGGCAUUAAUUUGUUACCAAAACCACCAGAAACAUGCCCGGGGUGGCAUGCGAUCUGGUAAUCCCCUGAUCAACAGUACAGUGCACACCCAGAAUUUUACUGAAAACAGAGAAGAAAUGAAGAACUCCAUAAAGAACCUGCGUUGUUUUGGAAAGAAAGGUACAACUAAAGGGCUGGCUGAUGGACUAGCAGCAGCACUGCGUCUUAGUGAAGCUGAUGUUAACCCUAAUGGUUCCAAGUGUCGUAGUGAUGCCAUCAAAAUCUGUAUAUUACUACCCAUGAUGGAUGGGAGGGCAACCCUUGAAAUCUACAGAUGUGAACACGGCCAUGAUGUGAUGAAACUGUGCAGACAACUUACAGAGAAUGCUGUAACUCUUUACACAGUGACUGUGGCCACAUCCCAGCCAGUUCCAAACUAUCUUGCAGAUCACCCAGCAUUUGCGUUAAUGGCAGACUUUUUUACUGGAAUUUCCUACAUGACAGGUGGCCAAUACAUUCAGAUACAGAAUAUCAAACUUAUUUCUGAGGUUAUCAUGUAUGCAAUUGAUGAGGAUGUUUCUAUGGAACAGCUUUUUGGUACAGCAUAUGACAUUAUCAUGGAGCAAAUCAGAAAGCCAGACAGUAAAGACAUCAACCUACAAGAAUUGGCAAAUGUGCUUGAACAGGCACUCAAUCAGAGAUUUUGUCGUGUAAGCCUCAUACUACUCAAUAGAUUGACCAUUGGACCAAGAUCUAAGUUAGCAAAGAUGUUUUCGCUGGAUGAAAACAUUGAUGGUGCUUGCACAACUUUUCAGUUUGCUCUGGCCAGAAUACAGCAGUCUAGUAUUGCCACUGCACCAGGAACACCAAGAGAUGUUGACAUGGAAGUGGAAGAACCACAAACACCUAGUCCUCAAGUUUCGUUAUCGACUAAUCAUGAAAUAACCAUGGAUGUUUCAGAGAGAAUGGUGCGGAAAGUUGGCCUUCGUAAAGCUCACCACUGGCCAAGAUGAACAUAAAAAUGUCAACUACGAAAAGAUGACAGUUUAAACCAUUCACAUCUAGGACAUAGAUUUGCAAAAGUAGAAUUUCAUGGUUGCUUCAUUCACAACCUGACAAACAGCACAUUGUAUUUAAGUCAUGGACUGAAAGUAACCCUCUGUGGCUAAAUCAUGACAAGCAGAAACUAGAAUUAAUGUCUGCAAAUGUGCAUGGAAAAUGUGUGCCUUGAUCCUUGGUAUAAAGAUGUUUGUGAUUAAAAAUUUGUAGUAAUAAUAUUUUUGAUACAACUGUUCAAUAAUAUCCUUAUUUCUCAAGAAAGAAACUGUUUUAAAUUCAUCAAGGGUCUUACUGUUUGACUUAAUUGAUGUAAAGAUUUUUUGGUUUAUAGAAAUCUUUAAUAGUGUUUGGAAAAAGUAUAGAUCUCAAGACUUUGACACUAUACUCGCUGCUUGAUAUUAAUUAAUAUUACUCCCAUGUGAAGGUAACAGUAGAUAAUUAUUUCUCGACAAAUGUAUUAAUGGUUAAUAAUGUAAUUUAAACGUUCGUAGGUUAGUAUUUAAAACACUGAGCAGUCAGUGCAGUUGCCUGAAUGUGAUCUACAGACUCAGUCUAAAAUUGAAUAGCUUAUGAAUACGAAGUGCAAAAUUUAGAAAAAACUGUAUAUCUGUGACAUAAUUUGUUGAAAAACGCUGAAUAUUAUUCAGGGCUCAAGAAAAACUUGAAUUCCAGCUUACCCUUCACAGAAGUGGCUCUCAAAUUUGCUUGCCCUGAGCAGGUCUUAGUUUACCUUUCUUUUAUUUAGUUGGCAGAUGACCUGCCUGGACCCUUGCCCACUGGGCAAGUGAGAAUGAAAAGUUUUAUACUUGCCCAGUGGGAAAAUCUGCUUGUCACAGACAACUGGACGGCUCUUUUUCAAGCCUUGAUUAUUAAGUUAGAAAGCUAAGACACUCAAGAAUCCUGACAGCUGCAAUUAAUGUUGAUCAGUGCAGCUAAGAACUCGCGCUCACCUCCAAGAAUAACGUCAUUCAACAACAUAUUUCAAACUUUUUUAUGUCAGUCACAAUUUAUGUACUCUGGCUAGCUCCUCACACUGCUUUUAGUCAUUUAUUUAUCCUUUGGAGAAUUCUUGUAAGUCAAUGAAUAGCUUGGUGUUUUGCUUUAACUUAGAACAAAGAAACGGUUUUUACCAUUAUGCCCCAUUCAGGCUUUGCUGUAACAGUGGCUCUAAAUGAUAGAUAUUAUUUUCAUAUGAAAUAUGAAAAAUAAAACAUUGACAACAGGCCUGAAA